CCAUUGAACCAAACGGAAGUAAACCAAAUUUAAAAUAUGACAUGAGAAAAUACGAUUAAGCCAAACACGCCCUAAGGUAUAUACUAGGCUGUGUUGUACGUGGUUUUUCUGUUUCCCCCUGUUUUCUACAGUCUGUGUUUCAGGCAGAGAACGAACUGCCAAAUCUUUGUUACCUUAGGUUUCUGUAUUCGUCAUUCGACCAUUUUUCUGGUGUGUUGACUCCGCUGACCUUUGGUUAUUCAGUUAUUAGAAAAUCUACCGAAAACCAUAAUUUAAGGCUACCUGGGAAGUAAUAUGGAGACUAAGCGCUGCAGUUUCUGGCUUCCUAACAAAAACAGAUUUUGUGCAAACACCCUUCUCAGUGGUUCCUUAUUCUGUGGUAAUCAUAACUCAAGGGCCGAAGGCGAGUGGAUUCAAUGCCCCAUAGAUCCAUCACAUUCGGUGCUCGAGCAAAAUCUAAAUUGGCAUGUUAAGCGGUGCCCAUUGCUGAAACAGGUUCAAUCCCUGUCCGAUCAACCUUUCUAUAAAAAAGGUAUCAAUGCUGGUUCUGAUGGAGAACAACAAGAGGAGGAAACUUCAGGGUUUAAUGAUUCAAAAUUGACUACUAUGACCGUUUCUUCAGAAAUGAAGAGGAAUGCUCUUCAUGGGAUGAGUGUGCCCAAAUUCUGCAAUUUAAUUGAGAAGAUUGAAUCUGUUCAUGAAUCCUUGUGUAAAGAUAUUCAGGACUCGUUUCAGAUGCCGGAAGUUUGCAGACUUUGGAUUAAAAGCAAAGAAGAAGAAAGGAAAUUGCCAUUUCAGGAGAAACAUAUAAUGCAACAGGCAUCGAUUGUGGGAAAUUUGGAAAAUUUUGCUGUAUUGAAGAAUUCUCUUGAAAGUAAACCAUCAAAAUGCGGGGAAUCAAAUGAGGGGAAGGAGGACGGGGUCUCUACAGUCAUUGAGUUUGGAGCUGGUAGAGGAUAUUUAACACAAAUGCUUGCAGAUUGCUAUGGAAUCAACAGAGUCUUCCUCGUCGAGCGAAAGGCAUACAAGUUGAAGGCUGAUCGAUCCUUGCGACAGAAUGAGAAUUUGACGUUAGAGCGUUUGAGAAUUGACAUUGAAGAUUUAAAUUUGAAUGCUGUUGAGUCUUUGCAAGGAGUUCCAUUUCUGGCCACUGGUAAACACUUAUGUGGAGCUGCAACAGAUUUGACUUUGAGAUGCUGCUUUCCUGAAUAUAGAAAAGAUAGUAGUGAACAGAACAUUACUAAUAUUAAUUUUGAAGGUUUAGCUAUAGCAACAUGUUGUCACCAUCUUUGCCAGUGGAAGCACUAUACAAAUAAGAAGUUUUUCUUAGAUUUGGGAAUGACAAAGGGAGAAUUUCAUGCCAUUACAUGGUUUACCAGCUGGGCAGUAGAUGCUAAUCAUGAUUCAGAUCUUCCUGAUACUACUAAUUGUAUAUCGCAUUUUCAAUCAAUAAAGGAGCAAGGUAAUGAGUAUUCGGAUGGAGUUGAAAAAAUUCUUUCAGAAAUGGAAGCAACAAAACGAGCAGCACUGGGAUUUAAGUGCAAGUGGAUUAUUGACAUAGGGAGGUUGAUGUGGUUAAGAGAACUUGGAUUAGAUGCAAAGCUUGUCAGAUAUGUUCCACCAAGCAUUUCUCCUGAAAAUCAUUUACUAUUAGCUAAACCUUUGAAUUGAUUAUUUAUAUCCUUCUCUUCUUUAUUUUGUAUCCCUUGUGAACAUUGUGUUAAAUUUUUUGUCAGUUUGAUUAUGUACUUUGCGAUGUAUUGAAAUACCUUGGGGGAUAUUUUGAGUUAUUCUGUAAUUCAAGGAAUUGAAUCUGAAGUGUGAUAUUAAACUA